AUGGAGGAACAGACAACAGACAUGGGCUGGCAGCAGGACAGGGUAGAACAAGCUUCAUGCGAAGAAACGUUUCAUGUGAGGGUUGAGAAUACAUCAUUCCCACAUGUAGAGGAUCAGGAUGAACCCCUACUUCAGGACAAGACAACUGACACGGGCUGGGAGCAGGACGGGGAAGAACAAACUUCAUGCAAAGAAACCUUUCAUGUGAAGGUUGACAACACCGAUUUGCAAAAACACGCAGCACAGAAAAUCAGUUUAGACUUUCAUAUAGCAUCAAGGCACAGUGGUGCAAAUCCUCACAUGUGUGGGAAAUGUGGGUACAGCACGCAUCUAAAAUCCAACCUAAAUAACCAUAUGAGAACUCACAUGGGAGUUAAACCCUACAAGUGUGACCAGUGCGACUUUUCCUCAGCACACAAAUCACAGAAGUGCCAUUUGGACCAACACCUGGCCAAACACAUGGGUGAGAAGCCCUACAUGUGUGGAGAGUGUGGGUACAGGACAGCGUGGAAGUCCAACUUAUCCAGACAUAUGCACAGAAAUGCCAUUUGUACCAACAUCUAG